UAAUGCGCAUGCUGGUUACUAACCGCCAAUCAAAUCAAAGAACAAGACGAAGAAGAAGUAAACCCUCAAUAACAGAUACCAUGGAGACGGAGGUGGAGUUUUUACGUGACCAAGUUCACAGGUUAAAUUCUGUUCUCAGCCAGUAUCAGUUUGAAAACCAGUCCACAUCAUCUCAGCAGGUUGAGGAGGCCAGACGGUCUGAGUCUCGUGCACCCUGGAUCUCAGAUAGAAGCAUAAUGGCUCCUCUGAUUGCGGAGUAUGAUCGGCACAUGGAUGAAAUGACAGACCAGCUGCAGAGAUACCAGGUGCUGAUGACAGAUGUGAAGGUGAAGUUGGAGAGGGUUGUGAAAGAGAAUGAAAGGCUACAUGCAGAGUUGAGGGAGUCAGUUGAAAAACAGCUGAAUGCCCUGCCGGCAGCAGCAAAUGUGGAGAGCAGCACACUGGAGGAGGACCUAAUCAUCAAAAACCUCCAAGAACAGAUCCAGCUGUCUGAACAGGAACGGCUGCAGGCCAUGGAGCUAUGGCAGACUGCAGCACAGCAGCUGGACUGCCUUCAGCAGGUCUACCAGAAGACCAUCUCUGAUGAACAGAGUCACACUGCUCAGAGACAACAGCAAAGGGAUCAGCUUGUUGAGAUCAAGCAGCAGACACACAAACUUCAAGUGGCCAAUCACAGCCUGGAAGCAACAAACCAGCACUUUCUGAGGACUGUGAGAGAACAGAACAAGGAGAUGGAGGACCUACACAGCCAGCUGAGGUAACUGAACACCUGGGAGUUUUAAAAUGUGCUAAGUUGCUGCUAGUGGUCUGUUUAAUGA